AUGGCUCCUGCGCAGGACACCAUGUUCCGCUCAGCGGACAUGAGCUUGGUCCAGCUCUACGUUGCGAAAGAAAUCGGCCGCGAGGUCGUCAAUGCAUUGGGAGAGCUUGGGCAAGUUCAGUUUCGCGAUCUUAACUCGGACGUGACCGCAUUUCAGCGAACUUUUACACAAGAAAUCCGCCGCCUUGACAAUGUCGAAAGACAGCUGAGAUACUUUCAUACGCAGAUGGAGAAAGCUGGUAUUAACCUCCGUAAGAUAGAUUUGGAUGUCGACACCUUGGCAGCUCCAUCCGCCUCCGAAAUCGACGAAUUGUCCGAUCGAAGUCAAAGCCUCGAGCAGCGAGUCUCAUCUUUGAACGACAGCUACGAGACAUUGAAGAAACGAGAGGUCGAAUUGAUUGAGUGGCGAUGUGUUUUGAGGGAAGCCGGUCAGUUUUUUGAUAGAGCACACGGCAAUGUGGAGGAAAUCCGAGCUUCUACAGAGGACGAUGAUGCGCCACUCCUCCAAGAUAUUGAGCAGCAUGCCACGGGCCAAAAUGGAGAUGCUGAGAGGUCCUUCUCCGUCAUGAACAUUGGUUUCGUCGCUGGUGUCAUUCCCAGGGAUCGUGUUGCGGCAUUCGAGCGUAUUCUCUGGCGGACGUUGCGUGGCAAUCUUUACAUGAAUCAGUCUGAGAUCCAAGAAGAACUCAUUGAUCCUACCAACAACGAGCCUAUCAAGAAGAAUGUUUUCUUGAUUUUUGCACACGGAAAGGAGCUUAUAGCCAAAAUCAGGAAGAUCUCAGAGUCUCUAGGUGCUGAUUUAUACAGCGUCGAUGAGAACAGCGAUCUCCGCCGGGAUCAAAUCCACGAAGUCAACACUCGCCUAGGAGAUUUGGGAAGUGUUCUCAAGAACACCAAGACCACACUGGAUGCGGAGCUCACUCAGAUUGCUCAAAGUCUGGCUGCCUGGAUGGUCCUUGUCAAGAAGGAAAAGGCUGCAUACCAGACAUUGAAUUUGUUCUCCUACGACCAGGCCCGAAAGACCCUUAUCGCAGAGGCGUGGUGUCCCACGAAUUCCCUACCUGCCAUUAAAGCGACACUUCACGAUGUCAAUAACCAAGCGGGGCUUUCUGUCCCAUCUAUCAUCAAUGAGAUUCGAACAAACAAGACUCCACCGACAUAUCAGAAGACUAAUAGGUUUACGGAAGGAUUUCAAACAAUCAUCAAUGCCUAUGGAACUGCCAAAUAUCAGGAAGUCAAUCCUGGUCUGCCGACUAUUGUUACCUUCCCCUUCUUGUUUGCUGUUAUGUUUGGUGAUUUUGGUCACGGAUUCCUGAUGGUUGUUGCUGCCGUCGCAAUGAUAUACUGGGAAAAGAAACUGAAAAAGGUUCGUGAUGAACUUUUCGUCAUGGCUUUCUACGGACGCUACAUUAUGCUCAUGAUGGGUAUCUUUUCCAUGUACACUGGUCUCAUCUACAACGACGUCUUCUCUAAAUCACUCUCACUCUUUCCUAGCGCAUGGAAAUGGGUAAAACCAGAAGGCUGGGUUGAAGGACAAACUCUGGUAGCACAACUAAACCCAGACACGCCAGGUUAUCGAUACCCAUUUGGUCUGGACUGGAUGUGGCACGGAACGGAGAACGAUCUCUUGUUCUCUAACAGUUACAAGAUGAAGCUCAGUAUUCUCAUGGGUUGGGCACAUAUGACAUACUCAUUGUGUCUUUCUUACAUCAACGCCCGCCAUUUCAAGACUCCAAUCGAUAUCUGGGGCAACUUUGUCCCCGGCAUGAUCUUCUUUCAAUCGAUUUUCGGAUACCUUGUCUUCACCAUCGUAUAUAAAUGGGUGGUUGAUUGGAAUGCUAUCGGCGAGUCGCCGCCUGGACUGCUCAACAUGUUGAUCUACAUGUUUUUGUCUCCUGGUACCAUCGAGGAACCGUUAUACCGUGGUCAAGGACCAAUCCAAGUCUUCCUUGUGCUCCUUGCCGUGAUUCAAGUGCCUGUUUUGCUUUUCUUGAAGCCACUCUACCUCAGGUGGGAGCACAACAGAGCCCGUGCUAAGGGGUACAGAGGACUUGGUGAGACCUCCCGUGUUAGUGCACUUGAUGGUGAUGAUGACGACAGCAAUACCUUGGACGGAAGAAACAGCCUUGCCAGUGAUGGCGAAGGUGUGGCUAUGAUCACGCAAGAUAUUGGUGGAGAUGAAGAACAUGAGGAGUUUGAGUUUUCAGAAGUCAUGAUCCACCAAGUCAUCCAUACUAUUGAAUUUUGUUUGAAUUGUGUUUCUCAUACCGCUUCCUAUCUACGUCUCUGGGCCUUGUCGCUUGCCCAUCAACAACUCUCGGUCGUCUUGUGGACGAUGACAUUGGCCAAUGGUCUCUCAACCACUGGACCCUUAGGAGUAUUCAUGAUCGUCGUCACAUUCUACAUGUGGUUUUUCCUUACGAUCGCAGUUCUUGUCGUUAUGGAGGGUACCAGUGCCAUGUUGCACAGUUUGCGUCUACACUGGGUCGAGGCCAUGAGUAAACAUUUCAUGGGUGACGGAAUACCUUUUGAGCCAUUUUCAUUUAAGCAGAUGUUGGAGGAGGAUGAGGCAGCAGCAGACAUUUCGUAA